GGUUUUGCUCUAGCGGAAGGUCUGUAGCAAGAGAAGGUGGCUCCGAGUCCGCUUGCGAUAAUCAGGGCCGUGUUUGCAUUCCCUGGGAGUAUGGACACAUCUGGAAAAGUUAUAAAAUGCAGGGCAGCUGUUGCCUGGGAAGUGGGCAAACCCCUCUCAAUUGAGGAGGUAGAGGUCGCCCCACCAAGGGCUCAUGAAGUUCGUGUUAAGAUAGUGGCUACAGGAAUCUGCGGGACAGACAAUCAUGUUCUGAAAGGUUCUUUUCCCAACAUAGAUUACCCAGUUAUUCCUGGCCAUGAAGGAGCUGGGAUUGUGGAGAGCAUUGGAGAAGGAGUGACUUGUGUGAAACCAGGAGAUAAGGUCAUUCCUCUUUGCCUGCCUCAAUGUGGGGAAUGCAGCUCCUGUCUGAAUCCAGAUGCCAACUGUUGCUUGAAAACACAUCUUUGUGAACCACAGAACCUGAUGCCUGACAAGACUAGCAGGUUCACCUGCAAAGGGAAACAGAUUCACCAUUUCCUGUGGAUCAGCACCUUUUCAGAGUACACAGUUAUGCCCGAUUCCACAAUUGCAAGAAUUGAUGCAGCUGCUCCUUUGGAUAAAGUCUGUCUGUUUGCCUGUGGAUUUUCCACAGGUUAUGGGGCUGCCAUCAAUACUGCUAAGGUUAAACCUGGUUCUACCUGUGCCAUCUUUGGUUUGGGAGGAGUUGGGCUCUCUGUUGUCAUUGGCUGUAAAACAGCCGGAGCUUCCCGAAUCAUUGGGAUUGACAUCAACAAGGAUAAAUUUACCAAGGCGAAAGAGGUGGGAGCAACCGAAUGCAUCAACCCACGGGAUUUCAGGCAACCCAUUCAGGAGGUGCUGACUGAGAUGACUGGUGGUGGUGUGGACUAUUCCUUUGAAGUUGUUGGGGAUGUAAAUACUAUGACGGCUGCAUUGGCAUCUUGCCACAUGGGUUCUGGUACCUGUGUGGUGAUUGGGGUACCUGCUUUAGGAUCUCACAUACCGUUUGAUCCUAUGUUGCUGUUAACUGGACGUACCUGGAAGGGGAGCAUUCUUGGAGGCUGGAAGACAAAGGAUUCUAUCCCUAAACUGGUUUCUGGUUACAUGGAGAAGAAAUUUAAUCCAGAUGUAUUAAUAACCCACACAUUGCCUUUUGAAAAAAUCAAUGAAGGUUUUGAAUUGUUAUGUGCAGGAAAGAGUAUUCGCAGCAUCCUGUACUUUUAAGAUUGAAAACAGUGGUGUGCCUGCGUGUCAGUAUCUCAGCACUUCUUGUCCAGAAUCUUUUCUUCAGUGACUUCUUUUUAUGCGAUUGCUUCCUAAAGAAAGCUGUGAGAGUCCUUGGAUAAUUCUUACAUUUGCAACUGCAAAGCAUGACCUGGAAAAAAAAUGAAAAGAUUUUGUUUAAUAAGGAAGCAGCUCUAUUCACAAAGAAUGCUUUGAAAGGAAGCUUAAAGGCAGAUGAGAGAGCUAUAUGGGAGAUAAGUAGAUCUACAUCUUGAAAAGAUGUAGAUUAGGUUGGUCACCUCACUGGUAAACAGGCUUCCUUCACCCCACUCCAUUGCUACAUCUCCUUACUUGCAGCUUUCUCUUGCUUAUACAUAUGACAGUUAAGAUAAUCUCAGUUAAUCUCAAAUAUUUUGGAAAGUAGCCUGCAUCCAGCCUUUCACACGAUAGCCCUGCCAGCACAACACUCCACUCUGCUCCUGCAGCCCUCCCUGCUCCCAUUCCCAUCUCACCACAGUUUGCAAAAAACAUCUCAGCCCUGAUCCUGCAAGCUUUUAAGGUAGCACAGAAGUGGGGGGAUCUGGUAAAUUCAGAGGUGGCUUUCUCUGUAAACAGUGGGUUGGUGUGAAGGGGGUGGGGGCGUGUGGUUCCAAAACAGAAAAGAUUGCAUUAUUCAUUUAGAGAAGUGAUUUUUGACAGUGUCAAAUGGGGGUGACUGAGGGAGACAGAAGAAGCUCCCAAAAAUAAGUUUGAUUUAUUGUAUUCUUUCUUGUAGGGGAUUUAGGAGGUAUGAAGGGUGGCAGGGUAAAUAAUAAUAAACAACCUCAAUGGAAAGCA